AUGAAGUACACCACCAUUGUCCUCGCUCUUCUCCCGGCUCUUGGCUUCGCCCAGGACGCCUACGGCCCGCACUGCAACGGCGCUGAGAGCUCGCGCUGCAACAGGGGAUGGUGCGUCAGGCCCAACGCUGGAUCUUUCUCGUGGUCCAACGGCCCUGUCUGUGUCUUCCAAUGCAACAAGGCCGACUGCGCCCAGGCUUGCAGCUCUCAGUCGUUCGACAAGAGAUACCAGACUGGUUACUGCUAUGCUACUGGUGGCAACAACUUCUGUGUCUGCACCGACAACUCGUUCUAG